AUGGACGCCAGCGCACUUCCGGAUUUUGGGGUGCUUUCCUAUCCAACACAACGCGGGGAGAGCGGCGACUUCGAAACUUCGCCAUUGGAAAAUUCAAUCUCCCUCAACACCUCUUCUUCAUGGACAUAUUGCGGGCCCCUACUGACACUCGAUACAAAUCGCCUACCUUCAUCAUUUCACACAUGGGCUGAAGCAACGGUCAAUGGGCCAUUCAUGGGCCCUCUUCUCUCCUUCCUGGCAUUCGUGCACAAAUUCCUAAAAGCCAACAACCUUUCAAAUUACUGGCUUACCAUCCGAGCAAGCACGGGUUCAGGAGAAUUCGAUGUCCCCCGCUGGCACACAGAUGAUCUAUUCUUCUCUCCGGCUCCAGAGACGCGGUCACGCCAGCGCCGCUCAUUACUAUCCCCGCUAUACAGCCGUGACAGGACAUCCCAAAGGCCCGACUCAACCUUUCGACAGAAAAAGCACCUAAAAUCAACAGAAAAAGUCCAAGUAAUAUCAGCAACCCCCAACCCAACAAAUUGGAAACUCACCACCACCCUCCUUGGACCUGGAACACUUUUCAUUACCCCAAAGAAAAGCCCCUCAGCGCGUGCAAUCCAACGCAACGCGAAACGUAGCGUCCGCGCCGCAAAUCCGCACCAUAUAUGUCUAUCCGUCCGCUGUGUAGGCUGCGCCAUGGCGGCCGAGUCCGUGCGGACGCACCUUGCCGCAGAACUGGGACAGCACGGGAUCGUACAGGCGCGAUCGGGCGAGUGCGUAUUCUUCCGUGUCGGCGAGGACGAGGGAGCUGUUCAUUCAGAGCCGAUGUCUCAUGGAGAUCGUAUCUUUGUGAAUAUUGUACCCGGGCAUGAGGCGGAUUUGAAGUGUUUAAUGGCGAAGUGGGGGAUGGAGUAUCCGAGAGCUUGGUGUGUGGGGUUGCCAUUCCAGGGGUUCGAAGAGAGGAGUUGGAGGGAUAUUGGGGAUUUGUGA